ACUAUAAAUAGGGGGGCAUAUUGAACUGAGUUCAUAUCGAGCUUUCAAUCUCUCAUUUCAUCCAACUAUACAAGUUCCUGAAGAGUUUACAAGUGACCCAGAAGAUCAAGAUGUCGUGCGGUGGAAGUUGCAACUGUGGUUCCUGCGGAUGCAGCGGUGGCUGCGGAAAGAUGUACCCUGACCUGGCUGAGAAGAUCACCAUCACCACUACUACUACAACCACUGUCCUCGGUGUUGCACCUGAGAAGGGGCAAUUUGAGGGAGUUGGCAAAGCAGCUGAAUCUGGUGAGGGUGCCCAUGGCUGCAGCUGUGGUUCCAGCUGCAAGUGCAACCCCUGCAACUGCUAAAGGCCAAGGCGAUCUGUGACUAUGUGAUGAACAAACAGAGCCCUUCCAGUCUGAUGGCUCAUGGCUGUGUGACCCUGUGAAUCCAGCAUUGUGUGUGCGCGCGCGCGUCAUGAAUUGUCAAAAAUUAUGGCUGGAAAACCAAGUGGUUUCUGGCAAUAUGUGUUGUACCGCUUGUAUGUAAAUGUUGGUAAAAACAAAGUAACAUCGCUUAUCUCUGAAUCUCUAACGUAAGUGGUUGCUUAACAAAA